AUGGCCUCAAGGAUAUACUACUCUCCGGCCGUUCUCAUUGGUAGCCGCGGCGGCUUCGACCUGGUCAAUGUGACAAUACCGAUCGCACAGAAAAUACCAUUGGGUUACACGGGAGCCAUCACUGGACGUGAACAUGUAACGACUACACUCAGCAAUGAGUUCCGGUCCAUCAUCAAUCGACACAACAGCCAAGAUAUGAUCAAUAUCACCAACUCUGGCUGCCUCGGCACAUGUAAGGGUCAUGUAUUAGGCGCCGGGUAUGACGUCCAGUGCAAUGAAUGGCUGACACCUUACGAUCUACAUGAUCUGUUUGCCAAUGGUAGUAGACGCGAUGCACGACUCGACUGCUUUCAAACAUACUUCAGCUAUUAUGAGAUGCCAGGGAUACCGAACAUGAUCAACUACACCACGGGCUUCAAAGUCAACGAAACCUACGAAGGCAACAUGACCUGGAGGACAUGUACUCUUGCACCAGCAGUUGUAGAGUAUCCCAUCAUUUUAAAGAAUGAUACAAUAUCUCUAGAUCCCGAGGGCUCAUGGAUGACCGAUCGCGUCACUGAACAUUGGCCGGAUCCGUUCAGUCCGAGUUGGGUAGGCGUCAUGCCAUCAACACACGGCGGACUAUGGCUCUACUUGAGAUCGCUCUACAGUUCUUCUGUAAACACGUCGGUAUUCAGGCCCUCCUGGCUGGGCAUCACAAUUUCCAAGGAACAACGGCGCUACGAUAUGUCAACAGCAGCGGACAGUUUGGCGGACCAUUCAUGA